GAAGCAUAGCGAGUCCUCGAUGGGUUUAACUUUAACCAGAGAGACAGACACAGAAGAAGAAGCAUAAACCCUUAUUCCCCCUCCAUGGCAACUACCCUUUGAAAUCUCAUUUUCUCUGCAAAUGGCUACUUCGAUCUCUCUCCUCCUCAUCAUAAAACGCAUCUCCCUCUCCAACAUAAACCCUAAAAGCCGCCGCCUUUUCCAGCCAUUCCUCGUAAAACCACUCUCCACUUCCUCCGCCCAGACCAACCCUAGCCCUAACUCUUCCCCUGAAGAAAACCGGAAACCUUCCUCCUCUCUAUCUUCCCGCCUCAGCUUCGUCUUCGACCAGAUCGACGCCAUCGAGAAACGCCACUCCGAGCAGGACGAGACCCUCGAGCGUAUCCGCGCCUGGCGCCAAUCCAAACAACCACCUCCUCCUCCUCCUCCUACUGCUCCUCCUCGACGAGAUCCGGAUCCCCGAGAAGAAAGAUCCGAAUCCGAAUCCAAAUCCGCAGGGGAUACUGACUUGACUCAGUCAGUCUUGAGUAAAGAGAAUGGUGUGGUGGAGUUGGUGCAUCCGUGGCCAGAGUGGAUGGAGCUUAUGGAGGUACUUGUGAAGCAGAAUUACUUUGAUCACAGGAGGCAGCGUGACGACGACGACGGAGAAGAAGACGAGAUGAUGGUGAAGAGUUUGGGAAUCGAUGUACCAUCAUCACCAUCAUCAUCGUCGUCGUCAAAUGUUGGAGCUGCUCUGUUUCAAGAUUUCAGAGCGGUUCAAAACGCUUGUGUCAAUUUCGGAAAAGACCGUUUCGAUAUUCUAAGGUCAUUGUCGAGGAACGACAUUCAAAUACUAGUCGGCCAUGGGUGUCCAGCGACUGAUAGAAAAGUUGUCUUCUCUGGGAAACUACUCAGGAAGCGUGUCCAUCUUGAUGAAGGAGAUGUCUGCAGUUCCUGCAGCUUGAGAAACUCGUGCGAGAAGGCGUUUCUGUUAACAAACAAAGAGGACGAGGCUCGAACCCUUGACCUCAUGAAGAUUUUGUUCACCUAUGGUUUUGACCCCUUGAGUGAUACGGUAGCCAACAAAAGCCUCCUGAAGAAAAAAUCUGUUAAGACUGUGGUGCGCAAGCUGCUGCAUGAGGUUGUCAAGCUAAGCAGAGUACCGAUAGAUCCUAACCUUACUCCACCGGUUAUCAAGAAAGCUCCACCUAAAGUCAAGCAGCCACCUCCUCCUCCUAAAAGACGUGUUGGCCGUGAUGAUGUUGAGAUGAAGAAAGGUGAUUGGCUCUGCCCAAAGUGCGAUUUCAUGAACUUUGCAAAGAACACCAUUUGCUUACAGUGUGAUGCAAAGAGGCCAAAGAGACAGCUCCUUCCAGGAGAAUGGGAGUGCCCUGAAUGCAACUUCUUAAACUAUAGGAGAAACAUGGCAUGUUUUCACUGUGAUUGCAAGCGUCCACCAGAUGCUUUCUUAGAGAACAACACACAAGAAACACAUCAUCAUCGCUUCACUGAAGCACAAACAGAGAAGGUUGUGAAGCGAGAUGAUGUUUCCAAUGCCUGGAACUUUGAUUUUGAUGACGAUGAAUCAGACGGUGCAGAAGUUGCUGCGUUUGAGUACGCGGAUUCUAGUAGAAAGAAUCAAAACCUUCCAGUGGAUGGUUUGAGAGAUCCUGAAGAAGAAGAGUUUGGUAAUCUUCCACCAGGAGCACGAGAGAGUUCUGAGCCUGGAAAGAGCAGAAGACCUGGUGUUGGGUUUGAUGAUUUUGACGAUGAAGAUGACAUUGAUAGCUAUGAGAUAGACGAAACUGGAAACAGAGAGGUAUCUUCUUUCGCUCCUGAAGAGUUCUCAGAGGAUGAACAGUUUCCAGAGUCGAAGGCUGGUUACAAUGCGCACAGAGGAGGAACCUCACCGUUUCACAAUAGUAGAAACAGGAAUGGAAACAGUAGGGGAGGUUUCUCUAGGGAUAGUGAGCUCGGUUUCAGUUCAGAUGAUGAAGCUUCAGUCACUCCCAGGUGGAAAUCAAGUCACGUUGCUUCAACAAACAGAGGCCCGCCUUCGAGAAAAGUGACUUUUGGGUCGGACGAUGAGUUUGGGCUCGACUCUGAUAUGGAGGACGAUGGUCCCAGAUCUGGUUUAAGGGGUGGUGGUGGCCAAAGAAGUAACGGUGCAAGAGGAGGGUUUAAGGGGAAAAGAAGAUCCUAUUCAGAAUCAGAAUCUGAUGAUGACAUGGAUGAUAUAGAAGAGUACAGAGGGUCAAGUUUCUCUGGUAAUAGAUCAAGAGGGAACAGAGGAAGAAUGAGAGGUGGUGGACGUGGUGAUUAUAAUGGCGCAAGUGGUUUCUCGGAUAAUAGAUCAAGAGGGAGGGGAGGAAGAACAGGAGGAGGCAGAAGGGGUGGUGGUUUUGAUAGUGACGGAGAAGAUUACAGAGGUUCAGGUAGAUCAAGAGGUAACAGAGAAGAUAGAGGCGGGUUUGGGGGAAGAAUGGGAAGCAGAAGUGGCGGUUUUGAAGAUGGGUUUGAUAGAAAGAGCAGUAGAGGAGGACGCGGUGCAGGGAGUUUCAGGGGAUCUAACAGAGGAGGAAGAGGAGGAGGAAACCGCCAUGGGAAUAGUGAUGGUAAAGACACAGACUCUGUUGAUUUCAGAAACAGUCGAAGAGUUAUCGAAAGAUAGAAAGAGAAUGUAAUAAACUGGUUUGCUUUUGUUCCAGUAUUCAAUUGGUUGUAGUGCAACUUUAUAACAUUCAUAAAUUUUGAUACAUUGAAUA